CAACACCCUCAUACAUAAUACCAAGGCGAUGCGCAACAGCUGCGACAGCCGUUUUCACGUCCGUACGAUUUCGAUAUCACCGUAUUUUACCUCUAGGAAUUGCUUGCGCACAUCGUCGCAACUUUUCUUCGCCAAAAUUUCUUAUGCGCGUACAAGCUAGAGUUUGAUACCUUCGUCAUUGGUGGGACACGAUAGCUACACACUACCUAGAGUUUAAUAAUUAUCAUAACAUUCACUUUCUUUCUAACACCCCUCUUAGGGCUUGUAACUUUCUACCAAUUUUCCUACUGAAAUCUUACGGCCACGAUCUUCGCAGACCAACUUUUCUCUUUCAGAAGUACAGCCUCGACUACCUAAUCGACAAUCUUACAAGCCACAAUUUGCCAUUCUCACCAUCCCGCGAACGACGACGCCCUUUGCUUCUGUGCCGCAUCAUUGCGACUUGUUCAUAACACACCAAGGGUAUACCAAUAAGGCAUAGCGAGGAUAGUAUACGUGGAGGUAGUUUGGUUCGGCACGGCCUCAAGUCUUGCUGGCUCUCGCCUUCGGGAGACCAGCCAGCGCAAGUUCUAGUCGCAUAAAUCACACAUUAGUAGUGCGCUUUGUUCAAAUCAAACCAGAGAAAUUGAACCCACCAUAAGAUACGUGGCGACACCGAUAAGAUACUUUCGAAAUGCCUGCGUUAUUACUGAAUCACGACGGCCGUGAAGGUGCGCCAACCGUGAAGGAAGAUCCUGCGGAUUAUGGCUUCAUAGUAGUACAUCAAAAGGUCGAGCUUGAAAUUGAUUUUUCGACGAAGAGUUUGCGGGGUAAAACCCACAUUGAAAUUCUUCCACAGACAAAAGAACUUCAGACCAUACACAUACAUGCACGACAAUGCUCUAUACCACAGAGAGAGGUUUUGGUGAAUGGUCGGGUUGCGUCUUUCUCGUACGAAGAUCCUCACAAGAAAUUGGAAGUUCCCGAGUAUUAUUCAUGGGAUGCAGAAUCGCAUAAGAUGCAAAGCGAAAGAGUGAAGUUCAUGACUUCGGACAACAAGCUAGAAGGUACGAUAGAGAUCGAGCUACCGGAUAGUGUGAAAAUUGAAGAAAUCGAUCCGUUCUCGGAAAAAGCAGCAACACCGAUCACUCAACGUGGUGGUGGUGUCGCUGCAGCCCGCAACUCAUCAGUUGCGCUUGAGGGAGGUUCGGCCCCUCUCCCUGUUUAUGCCGUCAAGACGGCUGCAGAACAGGCAUCUAGAUUCAAGCCUUUGACUGUUACUAUUCCUUUCGUUACUACACAAAUUCGAGAUGGCCUACAAUUCGUAGGAGUUGAAGAGGGGGAUGUGAGAUUCCCUCAUGUUUAUACCAAACAUUCUAUAGAGCGAGGUGUGGCGUGCUGUAUCUUCCCCUGUGUUGAUGAUUCAGCGAUGAGAUGUUCGUGGGAUAUUUCCAUCAAGUGUUCAAGAACCCUUGGAGAUGCACUCAAGCGACGACCCAACAUCCAGAACCACAAAUCAGGGCACAUAAGUGCAGGUUCUCAGAAGACAGACAUUGAUGAAGUCUUCCUCAACGACGAAGAGAAGCUACUUGAGAUGGCAGUGAUCUGUUCUGGUGAACAAGUCGAUGAAGUGAUUGAUUUGGAUGAUAGUUCUAAGAAGAUUGUAUCAUUUCAAUGCACUUCUGAUAUAGCUGCAACACAUGUAGGUUUCUCUAUUGGUCCUUUUGAACAAGUCGAUUUGUCAGAAUAUAGAGAGGGAGAAGAUGAAGAACGACUUGGGCAAGGUCAGUCAACUGCAAUAUAUGGCUAUUGCCUCCCCAGAAGGUCAGAAGAAUUGAGGAAUACUUGUGCACCAUUGGCUCAUGCCAUUGAUCACUUUGUACUUAGUUUGGGCAGUUUCCCAUUUUCAGAGUCAAAAUUUGUCUUUGUUGAUGAUCAGGUAAAUGACACGGAACACACCGCAUCUCUAUCCAUUUGCAGUAAUCGACUUCUAUUCCCGGAAGAUAUCAUCGAUCCAGAGAUGGAUAUUGUCAGAAAACUGGUUCACGCCAUUGCUAGCCAAUACGUUGGCGUUGGUAUUGUGCCAGACCGUCGUUCUGAUAGAUGGCUCAUUGCCGGCAUUUCUCAUUUCAUGACAAACACUUUCAUGAAAAAUCUUUGUGGAAAUAACGAAUUCAUGUUCCGUCAAAAACUAAAUACAGAACGACUUGUCAAGUUGGACAUUGACCGACCGUCCCUGCAAGCCCUUGGUGAGAUUGUGGGUGUAUGUGAUGAUUUCCGAGAUUUCAUGGAAUUAAAAGCUCCUCUGGUUCUUUUCAUUUUGGACAAGCGUAUUGCGAAAGCUCAAGGAGGCACUGGUAUAUCAAGAGUCAUUUCCAAGAUGAUUGUGAACGCAAAUGCUAAUGGAGGCACCGAUUCUACAAUAUCGACAGAAGGAUUCCGCAAAAGUUGUGAGAAAAUCACCAAGUAUAGAGAUACCGACUCCUUUUUCGCUCAAUGGGUUCAUGGCUCAGGAUGUCCACACUUUACUAUCACCCAAAAGUUCAACAAGAAGAGAUUAUGUGUUGAAAUGACAAUUACACAAACUCAGGCACACCUGGAGACAGAACCUAAAUUGCACAAGGAUGGCUUUUACAGGGCUUUCAAGGAGUUGGAUGGUGGAGUCAGUCAACCAAAAACACAAAGUACAUUCACCGGACCGUUGACAAUUCGAAUUCAUGAGGCUGAUGGUACACCCUAUGAACAUAUCGUUAUGAUCAGAGAGAAGACAUCAAGGAUUGAAAUUCCGUAUAAUACAAAGUACAAGCGCCUCAAGCGUAAUCGGCGUAUGAAGGAACGUGCAAAUGCAGGAACCGCUAUAGAUGGUCUCGAAAAUCAUGAUGACGCUCUCAUUUAUUGUUUAGGGGAUGUACUGCAGUCACCGCAAGAUAUGCAAGAGUGGGGUUUGCGAGAUUGGGACCCGAUCACAGAAGCGAAGAUGGAAGCUGAAUCAUACGAGUGGAUCCGUGUUGACGCCGACUUUGAAUGGAUUUGCGAUAAGAAGUUCACUGGCAUGGAAGCAUACAUGUAUGUUUCCCAGCUUCAACAAGAUCGCGAUAUCUCGGCUCAAUAUGAAUCUAUGGCAUACCUUGAUAAUGCUCCUCCUCAUCCACUCGUUGCUACGUUCCUGAUUCGAACGUUAAUGGACAGGCGUUAUUUCUAUGGCAUUCGAGCAAUGGCUGCAAAAUCUCUUGCUAAGCAUGCAGUAGAGAAGGAUGUAAAAUGGAUAGGCCUUAAGCAUCUCGAAAAAGCUUACCUUGAAUUCUUUUAUUUUCCAGGUGGAAAAACGCCCAAGGCAAACGACUUUUCUGACAAGCAAGCAUACUGGAUUGAAUGCGCCAUUGUUGAGGCAGUGUCAAGGAUCAGAAGCAUGUACGAUUCUACUUGCCCCUCAACCGCGCGACGUUUCAUUUUUGACGUUCUUCGCUUCAACGACAACGGCAACAAUCCCUACUCAGACAGUUUCAAGAUUGCGAACAUUUUAAAGUCAUUGGCAGACUCUUUGAUUCCUGGUGCGAAGGGCGUCAAUAAUGACGUGCUUCAGCUUGACGACGCUGAAGAAGAUGGAGGAGAUAAGAAAGAAGAUCCAGAUUACCGAAAGCUUAUUUUGGAUGAGCUUGACAGAUAUAGUAGGAUGGAUGAGUGGAUAGAUUCUUACCAAAAUAUCUACACAAUCACAGCCAUAGAGUGUAAGCUGAAGUUGAUGAACGCUGGGGUGAUACAAGUGGAUGCACUCGACUUUGCUCAGUACUUUCAUGACGGCAGUGCUCAACGUGUGCGAAUUAAGGCUGCUUGGGCACUUGCCGACCUUGGAUUUUUGAAGAGCACUGCUGUAGCAUGUUUACUUGUGACUGCUGCGAGCACAGAUCCAUCACCCUGGGUCCGAAAGGAGCUGACAAAGGUGUUCUAUUAUGGACUGGGAGUCCUCGGACUUGGCGAAUACAAAAACAAACGAGUUGCCGCUCCUGUAGCGAAGGAUGGCUUGAUUAUCGAAGAAGCUUCCACGUCUGCACGUCAGGAACAAGCAGAGCGCAGUAACGUGAUCGGCGCACUAGCUUCUCUCAAGUUGGAAGUCGGGGGGAAUACUGACUUGAAAAAUGCCUUGUGGAAAGCUGUUCUCUCUCCCGUUAUCACAGUGGCAGAACAAAUGGAUUUUCUUCAACUCUGCACAAUGUUCUGUUACCCCAAGGAGUCUUUGACCUUGAAGCUAAGGUUACCUCGUUAUUGGAAAGUCGAGCAUCGUGGCAAGGGUCGAUUGGUCUUCAAACACACCAACAAAGUUCGGACUAACGUUCGCAAAAUCAAACCAGCCACUGUUGCUACGCCUCAUCCACCAGUAGAAUCCUCCACCGUCGCUCAACCAGUCCAAGUGCCAACGGUAGAAAGACCAUCGCUACCACUCAAGUUGAAAAUUGGUAGUUCAUCUGCUCUCAAGCUCAACAAUUCAUCUUCUAUUAAACUUGGCACCCCAUCAUCUGCCAUAAAGCUUGGGUCACCAUCUGCUAUCAAGCUUAAUAAUUCGUCCGGUCUUAAGUUUGGCAACUCAUCUGGUGGGCUUAAAAUAGGCACAUCAUCUUCUGGGGUCCCUAAGCAUUCUAGCUCAGCAUCAUCAUCAUCAUCAGCAUCAUCAUCAUCCGGAAUUCCCAAACCUUCAACUUCUUCAGGAUCAGCAUCCACAAAUCCUAAGUUUUCAGGUUCCUCGGCAUCAUCAUCUGGACUUUUUAAGCCUCCUCCAAGUUCUUCAAGUGCAUCGAAAUAUUCUAGUUCUACGCACCCUUCCUCAGGCACAUCGAAAUCUUCUGGUUCACUUAAAUUUUCUAGUUCAUCCGGUGAUAUGAAACCACCAAAACGACCUCUUCCACCUGAUAUUGCUGAGAGUUCCAAUUCUUUGCACAAGGACAAGAAACCAUAUGAGGGUUCUAGCUCGUUACAUAAAGAUAGAAAGCAUUAUGAAAUUCCAAACUCGCUACACAAGGAGAAGAAACAGAGAAAGAUGGUUAGACUCAGGAUUUCUCCAUCCAAGUUAAAAGAUAUUCUUGCGUCAACCCCCAAUCCUGCGACAAAAGCUUCACUAUCAUCCCAUCCUUCAUCCCAAUCCACUUCGAACCCAAAACGACCGUCUCCGAGACCUUCCCCAAGACCUUCAUCCGCACAACCGGUUAGGGCUAGUCCUGCCCUUUCUACCUCAUCCAGUUCUUCAACCCAUACAUCUUCCAACUUCAAGAAGUCAACCACUUCGGUUACGGGCUCAGCAGCUAUUCGAAAACCUCUCCCCGAAGGCCGAAAACCUUUACCGGAUUCGGCACAAAAUCUUUCGCAGAUACCUCCCACUCCUGCUGAUGCGCCGGCAGUACCCAAAAAACCAACCAUUAAACUCAAUUUCAAACCCAGACCCAAGCCUUCGUUCUCUUAAUAGAAUUGAAGAACAAUAUUCUUUCUUUCCUCUUUAUAUUUUCUACUUUGCUUUUUUCCUUUGGCAUCAAUUGAUCUGCAUUUAGCGAAAAGGCGUCUCGGUUAUAAAUGAUUUCGCAAAUUUGUAAAUAAGGGAGGCUGGAUUGGCUGGCUUCUUAAGAGGUGUAAACCCGGAAGGAAGGAGAACAUGGGGGCGUUUUUGUGAGAGCUUGUUUUUGCCACAUAAUCGCAAUCGAUCAUGACGAGAACGUAGAUAUCUUGGGCUUUCAUUGUCCUCUGAAUGAUUCUCUAAAAGUGUGGAUGGGAGGAUUAUAAGAUGCUGAGUAAACGUAUACUCUAAAUUAUUAGUUAGUUAAUAAAUACAGAUGAAUCAGUAUUUCAUAUUGGUUUCGUGAACUGUAUGUGAUGGGUUGGAAAAUCGAUCAGUGUUUCCGCAGUUGAAUUGCUCAAAUUUCCCUGAAAAUUUCACAGGGCGGAGGUUUGCAGGGAGUGCAGUAUAACAUAAGACGCGUUUCUCUAUUUAUCAUUUAGAUCGAGAGUCCUAAUCAAAUCACUUGCUCUUUACUUUUGGUAAAUUUUUGCCAUUGCCUUCCCACCUUCCCUGCCAUCAUCUGGAUUCGAGUCUCA